AUGUCACUGAAUCCAAGGCAAUUCUGUUUUAUGCCCGAAAUUCUUUAUGACUACCAACGAACCGAGAAAUACUGGGACUUCUAUUACAAUCAGGAUGUCCUCAAGAUUGCAGAACUUGCGAGGGGCUCCGUAAAGGCGACUUUCAAAGACACCUGGGGACAGGUACCAUACCACGAAGAUGUUAUGACAGCUCCAGAGCUGCCCUCUCAGACCAGUCCGACAGUGGCUAAGCUUUGGGCGACAUAUCAGCUUACGCGUGUUCUGCCCAAGUUCUUUCCCCGCACCAAUCUCGAUACGUCUCCAAUGGUGUUUGAGCCCUAUGAUUUUCUGCACGCAUUCAGAAUGAUAAGCUAUGUCAAUCGGCGCGGGACUCGUCGGGUGCUUAACACGAGCCCUAUAAGAUGGUGCCGCGAAGUUUGUGGUGAUCCUCGUGGUACAACAUUUUCCAAACUGUACAUCAAGAGCACAGCGCCGGGAAACCAUCAGCCAGCAACAGCAUUGGCCCACUCCCCAGACCGGCUUGACUUGGGACACAAUCUUCUAGCUUUGAAGAUUGACAAUGUCACUUUACCCGGGCAGAUCACCAGCGGAAACGACAUUGACGCACGCCAGAUGCUGUUUCAAUUUGCUGGCAAGCUAAGCGAGCAUUUUCAACAGAAUCUGCGAGUCUCUGUCGGUCAAUCUGGUAAUUCCGAGAAUGGUGGUGGCGAUGCCCAGAGACCCGGUAUCAAGGCACUGGUCGACCACCAGGCACUUGAUGAGCUGGCCAGUCGAUGUGCUCGGAUUAUGAAUCAGCGCAGCAGAGAGACCCCAAUGGAAACCGCUCAUUCAAAGACCGCUGAUGAAGAAACUGCCCAUGCCGAGAUCGCCCAUCCCGAGACCACUCACACACAGAUCGGCAGUGGAGACACCAGAACUGAUAACACAGUCGUCAAGAGAUCCAAGACGGCUGCCAAGAGACGCAGAGUGCGUAAACCAGCUACGAGUGACGUUCUUAAGGCGAAAAUCAAGGCCAAAACAUCGAAGCCCUUGGAGGCACGAAAGGCACUCCUGGACUCCGCAAUCAAAUUGGAGCUGGAAGAUUCGGAGCUGAAGGUGGAGCCUGUAAAGAUGGAGCCAUGA